AUGAAAUUUUUCGUGUUUUCGCUGCUACUCUCGCUUGUUUGCGCUGAUAACGCGCCGCAACAACAAAACAACCAGCAAACCACCACUGCUGCGUCGUCGUCCUCGUCGUCCAGUCAGGAGUACUCGUCAGAGUACGGUGUGCUACAAUUCCAAAACGUUGGUUUCGAAGGUCAUUACUACAACGUGAAGAAGAUAGACUCCAGCUCGAACGAAUCGUGCACGUGCGAGCUCAAUACGGGCAAACCGGUCGAUUUCUCAGGAGCCAUCACCCCGUUGGACGGAGAACUCAGUGUCCAUAUUAGAGGCCCGGUCAAUUUGCAAAAGUUCGGCUAUUGGGUCGCUGAUAGUUACACUGCCGGAGAAACCAACGGCUCGUGGUCCCGGCUUGCAUACUACGAUUCUGAGGACCAGACCGCAGAAAACGUCACUUUCCUGUCCAACGUGGGAGAAAACAUCACCUGUUUGGGUAAAGCUCUAGAUUAUAUCGACUCUGACGGUGUUUCUCAGGCUACAGAGAGCACGGUGCUCAGCAACGUCACCAUCCAAUCCGGAGACGAGUUUGUGAUCAUGUCGAACGUCUCGUGCGGAAAGUCCGGCUUCGGCAAGGACUGUGGUGUUUACAGAGACGGUAUUCCUGCUUUCCAUGGAUACUACGGUACAACCAAGAUGUUCCUGUUCCAAUUUUUGGCUCCACAGGACGACUCCGACAACAAGGACGUGGAAAACUACAACAUGCCAGCCAUCUGGCUUUUGAACGCGCACAUCCCACGUACUGCGCAGUAUGCUACCAACUCCAACUGUUCGGCUUGGGCUUCCGGCGGAGGAGAGUUUGAUAUCUUUGAGAUCCUCAACACGACCGAAUCGACGCAUUUCUACUCCACGAUCCACGAUUUCCAAGGAACAGACGACAUUUACACGGGUCUGGCCAACGAAGGAUACAUCGAGCGUGUGGACUCGGUGAUGAUGGGCGGUGUCAUUUUCGGCAGCGACGGUACAGCAACCGUGUUCAUGUCGAACGAGACCACUUUCGACGAGACAAUCAACAACUCUGAUCUCUCGAGCUGGAUUUCUACCGUGGAAAGCAAGGAGGACGAACAUAUCAUGAGUCUUUCUUCUGUCACAUCCGAGUCGUCCAAGAGUGAUGGAUCCACCUUGAGAAACAGCUGGUUGACCGCCUUUUUGCUAGGAGUUAUGUGUAUUUUAUAG